AUGGAUUGUUCUGAUGAAUAUGUGGAUGCCAGAUCAUCCCCAGAGACGAUUGAAGAGGCUUCUAAUGAUAAAACAGAAACGACAUAUCAAGAGAAGAAAGAACAGAAUGCUCACAGUAGCCUCGAAAGGCAAUCUAAACCAAACGAUAACCAGCUUCCUGAGAUACAAACCGAUGUUCAAACUGGUAACCAAACAGGCGGAAAAGGAUCAGAAAUUAAUACCGAUCUGCCUGCUGUGACAUGCACCGACACUCAGGAUGAAGAUAACAACAAUUCCCCUUCUGAUAGCAAACAGAAGGAUUCAGUUUCACAGAAGUCUAAAGCUGUAGAAGAACUUGAAGAUGAAGUCUCACCGUGCCACAGUAACAGCGGGGAGGCACAUCCACAGCAGGAGACAGAUUUGGGAGAUGCAUCCCUUGAAAGUUGGGUCAAUAUCAGCAGGACUGACAUGUCACUUGGGAACACGAGUGGAGAUAGUUUUCAAGAUAUGGAUAUCAGAAGUGAAGUUUCAUCCACUGACGACAAGAGUGGCAGUAUAUACCCAGAUAGGAAUGUCAACGAAGAAGCAAUCAGUCAGCAGAGGUCCACCGACACAGAUUCCCAUAGUGACAGCGAACCAGAUAGUUCCGACAACCAUGAUGAUAACGAUGCUGAUAUGGACACUCCUCAGAGAGACACGUACACAGACGACGGCACAAAUGUACCAGAGAGUCCCCUCAAGAAUGAUGACAAUGAUAAUGAUUUGUUUGGAUCCCCGGAUCCGCUGGACACUCCUCAAAGAGGGACGUACGCAGACGACGAAUCACAUGAACCAAAUCCGCUGGACUCUCCUCAGAGAGGGACGUACACAGACGACGAAUCACAUGAACCAGUGAGGCCCCUCAAGAAUGAUGACAAUGAUAAUGAUUUGUUUGGAUCUCCGAAUCCGCUGGACACUCCUCAGAGAGAGACGUACACAGACGACGAAUCAAAUGUACCAGUGAGGCCCCUCAAGAAUGAUGACAGCGAUGAUGAUUUGUAUGGGCCUUAUAAUCCAUUGACCGGUUCUGAGAGACAGACGGAAACAGACGCCCAUGCAAAUGAACCAGAUUGUUCCUACAAGCAUGUUGACAAUGAUAAUGACUUGUAUGGGCCCAAAGGUCCACUGCACAGUCCUCAGAGAGAGGCAGGCUUAGAUGCCUUUGAGAAUAACCAAGAUCGUUCUCCCAAGUAUGAUAAGAAUGAAUGUAAUCCGCAUGGAUCCUCGAAUCCAGAUAAGGAGGAGGAAUGUAACAAACUGAACGUUAUUUACAUGAACGGCACGAUGUAG